GUCGCCGUCGAACACGCUCAAGAGGUGCAAGUCGCCGGGUCCUCUCAAGUCCCAAGGAUCCUUCAGGUCUCAUGGUGUGGCUACCAUAUGCAGGUCCCCCCGUGGAGGCGACGGCGGCAGCCACCGGGAGACCUCGUUCACGGUUGAGCCACCCACUCUUCUUCGGGACGACGACUCGCGCCCGCGUGCUCAGUCCGUGGCGACGAUUGGUCGUCAUUCCCCUUCAGACGGGACGCUUCGCGCUGCCUCGGAGCCCCGCGAGGCGCCCAUGGGCCCGGGCGCGGGCAGCGACCGGCGGCCCAACGGCUGGGCGAGCUUCGUGGGUGACGUGCCGGAGCCGCCGCCGCCGCCGCGCACCGCCACUCUGCGCAGGGAGAAGAAAGUGACCAUCCUAGAAGAGGCCGUCCACAGGUUAUGAUGCUGACCGACUCCUCCGCUGCCCAGCCCUUCCUCCGCGCUCAGCCACGGCGCUGCCCCCCGCCCGCGCCCCGUCCCUGGGGAGGCGGGGGCGGGCGCGCGUCCUGGGCGAGGCGAAACCCCCAAACCACGAUGCGUCUUGCCGUCGAGCUUGCUCUCGGUGGCGACGUUUCGCUCCCCCUCCCUGUGGGACUGACAUUCACUGACGCCGGAGAGGGACGUUUCUCAUCUUCUUAGGACGCCUCCCACAAAAUCGGCCUCGAAGGGGCUCGCUCAAUCGCAACACGAUUGUAUCCAAAUUUCAGAUUUUUUGUCUUCUGUCUUUU